CUUUCCCGAGGAGUUGGUUGGUAUGCGUGCUGUGCGGUGCUCCGUUAACUCCGCACACAACCUAAAGCGAAGGGACCAGUGUGCUCGUGCCUAUUUUUAGCAGUGUAUCUGUCUAAUGGGGGGAAACGAGGAGGUUUGAGGUGACUACAGACGAAACUGGCGCUGCAAUGAGCUCGAACAACACCGCGAAGUGACGGGACUAAAAAAAAAGUUAACACGAGUUCGCCUAGCUUCGGCUCAACUUAACUUUGAAUCCAACGCAGUGACCACUGGAAGAAGUUGCUGCGCAGCGCCAUGGCUUCCCAGUGUGACACUUUAAGCGGAUACUUGCAGCAGUCGGACCAGGGUUCUAACAGCGAGCGCAGCACCGACUCUCCUCUCCCGGGCUCAGAGGAGGACCUGAGCGGACCCCAUCCUCUGCAAGACCCGGAGUGGACCGAGGAGAGGUUUCGUGUGGACCGAAAGAAGUUGGAAGUCAUGUUACUAGCUGCCUCUGAGGGGAGAGUCAACGGUGGGGAAGAUUUCUUUCAGAAGAUCAUGGACGAGACCCAAACACAGAUAGCAUGGCCAUCCAAACUGAAAAUUGGUGCCAAAUCCAAAAAAGAUCCACACAUCAAAGUAUGCGGGAAGAGAGAGAAUGUGAGGGAAGCCAAAGACAGAAUAAUGUCUGUCCUCGACACAAAGAGCAACAGGGUAACUCUGAAGAUGGACGUCUCCCAUACAGAACACUCCCACGUUAUCGGCAAAGGUGGCAACAACAUCAAGAGGGUGAUGGAAGAGACAGGGUGCCACAUCCAUUUCCCCGACUCCAACAGGAACAACCAGGCAGAGAAAAGCAACCAGGUGUCCAUUGCAGGGCAGCCAGGAGGGGUGGAGGCAGCACGAGUAAAAAUACGGGAGCUGCUCCCUCUCGUGCUAUCUUUCGAGCUUCCUGCCAUCAUGCAGUCAGACCCCAGCUCUCCAACUGUGCAGCACAUCUCACAGACUUACAACCUCACGGUCUCCUUCAAGCCCCCGACUCGCCUCUACAGAGCCACUGGUGUUGUUCGGGGCUCACAGAAUAACGCUAACGCUGUCAAGAGGGGAACCGCUCUCCUUUUGGAGCACCUCGCUGGCAGCCUGGCGAGCACCAUCUCCGUCACCACCCACCUGGACAUCGCACCACAGCACCACCUCUUCAUGAAGGGCCGCAAUGGCAGCAACAUCAAGCACAUCACCCAGAGGACAGGAGCCCAGAUCCACUUCCCAGACCCCAACAGCCCCCAGAAAAAAUCCACAGUUUACAUUCAGGGCACCAUUGAGUCAGUUUGUCUGGCACGGCAGUACCUCAUGGGCUGCCUGCCGCUGGUCUUAAUGUUUGACAUUAAGGAGGACGUUGAGGUGGAGCCCCAGUGUAUCACAGCGCUAAUGGAGCAGCUAGACGUCUUCAUCAGCAUCAAGCCAAAACCAAAACAGCCCAGCAAGUCUGUGAUAGUCAAGAGCGUUGAGAGGAACGCAGUGAACAUGUACGAAGCCCGGAAGUUCCUCUUGGGUCUGGAGAGCAACGGGGUGUCAUCCUCCUCUCCCUCGGUGGCAUUGAAUCCUGCCACAAACGGUCCAUCCCCGUCGCUCAUCUGCCCCGUCGGCCUGGACAUCCUGGCCUCAGCUGGCCUGGGGCUGAGCAAUCUAGGUUUCCUGGGUGCCACAGCGCCGCACUCCCUCACCAACUCUGCUGCCCCAAACGCCAUCCUCAACAGCUUGAACUCCUCCAUGAGUCCACUGCAGACUCCAAGCCCUAGUACCCCUACACCCUCCCCCUCCCUGUGGCCCAGUUCACUCACAAGCACUCAAGGCUUCUCUUCACAGCUCAUGCUGCACCCUGCAACCCAGGCCACCCUGAGCAGCAUCCUGCUGUCAGGUGUACAGGGUUACACACAGAGCACGCCGUCCCCUCCUCCUGGCCUCGCUCCCAUUGACAAGCAGCCUAACGGGGUCCCUGACUGUGCCAAAGGCCCCUGCACUCUUAAUGGACAUGUCAAGCAUCCCAGCUCAGUCUAUGGAAGGAUAGCAACAGCAUCACUUGCGGAAACGGUUUUAAGUCCAGCACCAUGUGACUCUGUCCAGGAGGGCAGCAGCCACAAUCCAUCAGAACCGCUGUCCAGCAAAUCCAGCCAGGAUGAAGGUUCUGACACUUUCGUGGAGGUGGGCAUGCCCAGAAGCCCCUCACACUCGGCCAAUGGGAGCGAACUGAAACAGAUGCUGGCUUCCUGCAAGACGUCGUCAGGGAAACGGCAGGCUGUGGAGCUCCUGCAGGGCACCAAGAACUCCCAUCUACAUUCUGACUGUCUCCUUUCGGACGCCGAGUCCAGCUCAUCAGACAGUCCUGUUGCAGAUAAGAGGGCACCAGGGAGCGAGCGGGCAGCAGAGAGGGCGGCUCAGCAGAACGAGAGGGAGAGAAUCAGACUGGCGCCACAGACCUCGUUUGCUAAUAUGCAGGCCUUUGACUAUGAACAGAAAAAACUGUUGGCAACCAAAGCCAUGUUAAAAAAGCCUGUGGUGACCGAGGUGCGGACCCCCACCAACACAUGGAGUGGUCUUGGCUUCUCAAAGUCCAUGCCAGCUGAGACCAUCAAGGAGCUGAGGAGAGCCAAUCAUGUUUCAUACAAGCCCAGCAUGAGCACAACCUAUGAGGGUUCCCCGCUGUCCUUGUCUCGAUCUAGCAGCAGGGAAGGCGUGGGGAACGGCAGUGACUCUGACAACUGGCGUGAGAGGAAUGGUACCGGUAACGGCCUGCCGAGUCACGCCGAGUUCCCGUCCGCUGUCAGCAGCCCGAAGAGGAAACAGAACAAAUCUGCUGCAGAGCAUUACCUCAGCAGCAGUAACUACAUGGACUGCAUCUCUUCAGUGACUGGCAGCAACGGCUGUAGCCUGAAUUCAUCUCUGAAAGGCUCAGAUCUGCCUGAGCUGUUCAGCAAACUGGGCCUGGGGAAGUACACAGACAUCUUCCAGCAACAAGAGAUUGACCUCCAGACAUUCCUGACUCUAACAGACCAGGACCUGAAGGAACUUGGCAUCACCACCUUUGGAGCCCGCAGGAAAAUGCUGCUCGCCAUCUCAGAACUAAACAAGAACCGUAGGAAGCUUUUUGAGCCACCCAUCAGGUCCUCCUUCCUGGAAGGUGGAGCAAGCGGCCGCCUCUCCCGUCAGUUUCACGCAGACAUGGCCAGCAUCAGCGGGCGGUGGUAGACGCCAAGCCUCUCAGAACCAUCCAUGAUGGAGUCCAGCUUCUUGUAUGUCUCUGUGCCUGAGACACCCAUGUUUCAGCAGAUGUUUACCUUCUUUCAGCUUCAGCUGAACAAGACUCUUCAGAAUGUUGUUGCCAUAUAGUAUAUAUGUAAAUGUACUACAAAAAGCCAUAAUUAUACCUAAAGUGCCAACAGGAAAAAAAAGGAUUUCUCAGAAACGUGAGGUUCAGUGUUCGCUUCACACACAGCUGUUGUGUCUUUGUGGAGCAUUUUUAUAUGAAGGUUGUUGUUCUGGUUCUAAUGAAGGGUACUGUCCAGUGUUUCUGUCCACGUUUAGUUCAAGGGAACAGGCAGAAUGAUUAGUACAAUCAUUUUACACAUUGAUGCUACCUGCAUUUAUAUUAUGCUGUUGUAUCAGUGACAUGCACUUUAAUAAUACUAGACUUUUGCCUGUGAAAGCCUAAUUAAUAAUUCCCUAGAUUGAAUUAAUUAUAAUAAUAACUAUGCAUUUUUAUAUUGACUUAAAGCACAGAUGCAUUUUGUACCAAACCAAAUGGAAGCACUUAACCGAUGAGAUUAGGGCGACACCAAAUGAUGUACAAAACUAGGUCAUUAACUUUAAACCAAAGGGAGGUGUCAUUGUGAGAACCAGCUGCCUUAAAGUGUUCUGAUUGGUGGACAUUCCUCUGAUGUCAGUGUUUUUGUCCAACCACAGUCUGUUUGUUUUUGUAGACAAAAAAAUCAAAUAUUUUAUACUCAUUAUGCAUUAUGAUUUUGUUUUUGUUUUAUUACCAUUUUAGGGGAGUGGGUGGGAUGUUUAAUCAGUUUACAUAUGUAUUUUUUAUACGUUCAUGAAUGAGUUUCUAUGAUUUUGUAAUUAGAUUAUUUGUCUCUUUUACUUUUCCCCCCUUGCCCUUUAUUCUGUGGAGCCGUUUCAUGGCUGUGCCAUCAGACAGCAGCAGACAUGAGGCAGUUAGGCUGAGCUUUACAGGCCUCUCUCUGAUUGUGUCAGCAGGCAUCUUUCUGUGGUUUCCCUCCUCUGUUUGUUUAUACUACAUGCUCUUUUUGUCUCAUCUGUUAUUUGUCAUAGUUGGCCUCUCUGUGGCCCCUUCUGUACGCCGAAAAUCUAACUCCUCCACAUCUUCAGGAUUUUCUGCCAUAGCGGCAUGCCUUUUUUUGUCUGCCUGUAAAGACCUCUCAACAGAGCAAGGCCAGGCCUCUGUGGCAGAAAGUGCCAAUGUACAUAAGUCAUUUUUCAGCAGGGAGAUUUUUCAUUAAGAACACUAAUAUUUUCUGACCUUACUCUCCAGAUAGGAGGUGCAUCACACAAAGAGGCAGUUUAUUCACAGCCAAGAUGGUUUUAUACAAGCAUUUCUACAAGAAGCAAAAAAUAGCCAAUGAAAGUCUUCUGAAGGACUCUGAGAUUUCAGAUAAAAACAAAUCCAAAUCUGUAAUGCUCUUAUCAGUCGUGCAAUCAAAUAUCCAGAAGACCUGGUUAAGCAGUGUUUAAUGAAGAAGAAGGCUUGUGUAUGCAGGAGCAGUGUUUAUUGUUCUGAGCUCCUGUAUUAUGUUUGGUCACAUGUUGUAAAAGGAAAACAUCCUUUUCCUGAAGUUCAUUAACUUUGGAUAACUCAAGUGUUCUUUAUUGUGAAGUUCGUGAGAUUUAUCACAAAAAUGAAGCCAGGGAGCAUUUUGUUUUAAGUGCAAUUAAGUGCCUCUUCAUACUUAGUUUCUUAGAGAUGUGUUUUAUUUGGAGUUAAAGUAAAAGGCAAUGACUAAAGAAUUUCUAAUCAUAGUAAAGUGUUGUUGGUAUGCAGCACAUGGCUGUGCAUCGUGAUAAAUUUAUCCAGCAGAAAUGAAAAGAAAAAGGGAUGAUUUUUGACCUCUGUAGAGCAACUUAUCAUGUUCACUUUAGCCACUUCCUUACUUCCCUUGCACCUGAUUUGAGCCAUUCUCAAUGUGGUUGUCAAGUUAGUAACUGAAUAAUUAUCUGACACGGUUGCCAAUGUCAACCAGGUAAUUGUCUUUUAUUUCUCCUUCAAAGUCUAAAGGAAAGAGACAAGAAGAAGUGAGAAACUUAAAAAGGGAUUGUUAAUAAAGAGAAGAAACCCGGGGCCAGUUCGCCCUCACUCAUCAUGGUACUACAUUAAAAACUGUUGAGCACUGAUUCUCCAAGUGCUGUGACUCGUGUUCCUGCCUAGCAGACAUUUGUUUUCAUCUUUCGCCUUGUUUCAGAUGUGUUUGCUCGGAGGGCAAAAGAGGUUCUUGUCUUAUCAAGUGAAUGUUGUUUAAAAAAAGAAUUAUUGGUGCAUGUUUUUUUGCAGAUUAAUUACAGAUCAUUGAAGGGCCUCAUCAAGACAAAACGUUUACUACCAGCUUGGCUCCUCUGCCCUCCAUAGAAAACUUUCGUUAUGAUGUCUUUGAUUUGUUGUGUUAGUCGUGUUUUUGUUCCCAAAGGGAUUAUUUUGAAGGAGUCUUUGUACUGCAAUCAAAUGGUACAUUUAUAGUAAAUGCAAACCACUAAGGAAAUGAUGGAAUACUACACAUUUGUACAACUUUUUCAUCAUAUACAGCCAUUGUUCGAGUGUGGGAAAGGUACAAUUCUGCACACAGUUCCAUAGAGGAGUUUAUGUAUAAACAAUGCUAUGAGGCCAAAGCUCUGUUCAUUGUGGCAUCUGUUGAUGCUAUUGUUAUUCUGUCUCUAUUGUAGUGCAGAUAUAAACAGGAGGCAUUGUCAAGCAGGCAAAAAAAAUGUUGGUUCAAACAUUCAAGUGAUAUUAUGAAAGUAAUAAAUGUAU